AUGACAGCGAAAGCAGUAUCGGAUCUGACUGCUUAUCGCCCAUUUCCGACCGAUGGCGGUUGCAAAUGGUUUGGCACAGCGCCACUCUGUAAUCAUCACUGUCCUCCGGAGUAUGAUUACAUUCGGAGCAGUAAUGAAGUGAUCCGUCUGAAUGUACAUGGAGCGGACGAUGGAUGGGUGCGUUUUCAGCACACAAUAUUUACUGCCGGUACGAUAAUCAUGGUCACUGUGGCUCACUGGAUUGCUCCGUCAACGCUUUCUCUUAUCAGGUUUUAUUAG